UUGUCUCGUAAACCUGGUCCACGAACGAGACGAAGCCCAGGACUGGAUGCCUGCAGAGAAAAUUACUCUCAGCCUCCAGUGCCUUCUGAAACCUGAGUGGCAAGGACUGGCUGGUACUAGACAUUCUCUCAGAGUAUUUGCAAAAAAAGGCUCUCAGAACACUCAUAUAUAUGUAGAAAGAAUGUGAGGUAGAGAAUAAUGCUUCAUUAAAUCUGUAGUUUCAUAGAGACUGAUGUCACAUGUUUGCUUUUUGAGUAUGUUAUAUACAUGAAAAUGAAUUGUUGUUUUGAGCAAAAUACAG